CCUCCUUCCAUAGCGGGACUCAGCCACGCGCUCCCUUACUGCACGCGGACUAUUGGGGGUUGCUGGUGCCCACGUCAGUGAGAUGCUGCUGCCAUGGCUUAGAUGUUCCCCUCACUGACGCCAUGAGGCCAUUUACCUGUCAGGUAUAGUCUUGGUGCAUGAGUAAGAUGAGGGAAAAGAGGUAGCGAGCACAGUGUUAUAGUGUUAACGAUGCUCAUUAUUUAAGAUCUGCCACUCUCCGCAUGCCUUUGAGUUAGUUAUUUUCAGUCAAUGUUAUAAGCAGUUUUCCUAUAGUCCACAGCAGACUAGACUCAAAUACGCCUUGGUAAAAUUAUGUCAGUAAAUAAGCUAGGUGGCCACCGAACCCGCACCUCUCCCAGGCUGCUUCCCAUGUUCGUCCGGGCCACUGCUUCCUGCGCCGAGCUUCAGUGUUCCCUUGACCGUCGACGGGGAAAGGCUGUCGCUCGUCGCCUCGCUCGACUGCUGUGUCUCCAUCUCCCCCUCACCAAUGCUUCCAAGCAUCAGUGACGAUUUGUUCUGGAUUUAUAUAGACUUGAACGUGAUAUUUUAGGCCAGCGGUCCGAGGCAGGUGUGAAGUGAUAGAUGAUGAAUUUAUGAAUUAUAUUGAAAAAUAUAUUUAUAUCAAAAAAGAUUAAUGGGUGUUGGAGAUAAGUGCGGUGACCUCUAGCAAUGUCUGGUGUAUAGUGGAGUGUGUGGGUGGAAUAUCAUCUUCAGGAUUCCAACGUACAUCCCCCUCCACUCAGAACCUCCACGCGUUGCCUCAGUCACACCAUCAGAGCAUAACACGGAUAGAAGCACUUGUGUGUGGGGUGAGGCCGCAGCGGGAGCACCGAAGUGAGGGUUGCCUCCGUGAAAAUUGUCUGGCAUCUCGACGUAACUUGGUGGCAAGCCAAGCAGAGGGGGAGUGAGAGGAGGGAGUAAUGUGAAGUGUGGGCGUGGAGAAGCAGCAUCAUCCUUCUCUCAAGUCCAGUGUCCUCUUGGCUCCUUCCUCAAGCGUCUGGCUCAAGGGCCACCUCCACCACAGCCCGCAAGUGGCAGCUUUCACCCCACUCAUGUGUCUCACACCGGCGGUAUAAAAGAAUGAGAUGAGAUAAAAGUGCGAAGGAAAACUAGUGUACAUAUUAUCUGAAUUGUAUCAAGCGACUCAGUAUGUGUGGGAGUGUGGGUCUCUGGGUGCUUAAGUGAUCGCUGAUCGAACAUGUAGAUAUUGCUUCCUUGCGUCUCAACGAUACUGUACAGUCGACAGUCCUGACGAACCCAACACGUCGUGGAUAAACGAAAGCGGCAAAGUGAACUUAGCCCAUCACCACACUGGGCGCAGCGGUGAGACAGUUCUCGAGGGGCUGGAUUCAAAGUGCCCCGUCCAUCAGUCAUGCCUUCGACCGCUUCGCCGUCACUGUGAGGCUCCGCCGCACCAGCCUCCUGCGUGUACUGUGGUGAUUAUGUGUGAUUGUGCGGCACCUCCCGAGGCUACAGCGACAAGAUGUGCGUCAUGAAGAUCCUCCUCACGGGGCUCCUCUGCGUUCUCACCCACGGCCCAGGUCCACGGUUAGCCUGGGCUCAGCAGAAGCAGCAUUUCCGUAAUGCUCCCGAGAAUCAGCGUGUCAUCGAGGGCAACGUCGCUAUUAUCAAGUGUGAAGUAGGCAACCAGGCUGGCCGUGUCCAGUGGGCCAAGGACGGCUUCGUGUUGGGUUUCAACCGGAGCAUCCCUGGCUACCCUCGCUACGAGAUGAUCGGGGACGGCAUUGACGGGGAGCACCACCUCAGAAUCCACAACACGACGCUCAACGACGACGCUGACUAUCAGUGUCAAGUGGGGCCCGCCGACGGACACCCGCCCAUCAGAGGCACCGGUCAUCUCACCGUCCUAAUGGCACCGGCAGCCGUGGAGCUACUCGGGAGAGGCCGUGAGGGUUUGCUCGAGGUAAGCGAAGGAGAAGAAGUCACGCUGGAGUGUCGAGUAGAGGACGCCAAACCUGUCGCCGAUGUCGUGUGGUUCAAGAACGACCAGGAGAUCCACUUGGACUCUCGGGUCGACAUCAAGGAAGAGUCCUCGAAACACCGGCGCCACAACAUGAUCUCGAAGGUCACGCUACGGCUCACCCCACAGGACGACGGAUCCCACUAUAGCUGUAGAGCCAACCACCCAGCUCUGAACACUCCCAUGAGGGCCUCCGUCAAGAUCUCAGUCCAAUAUCCCCCCGGGGCUCCAGUCAUCACUGGAUACACGACAGGCGAAGCCAUCAGGGCGGGAAAGGAGCGCACCCUCACCUGCCGAUCAAGAGGCGGGAACCCACUGGGGCGCGUUGUGUGGUACAGGAACAACGAAAACAUUGACAGCACGGACAGGGCGGAAGGAGGAGAGAGUGUUAACGAAUACAAGUUCAUCGUCGACGCGGCUGACAACGGCGCCGUGUUUACCUGUGAAGUCCGGAACAAGCUGACCGACAAGCCUCUCCUCGCCUCAGUCAAGCUCAACGUCCAGUUUCCCCCGCAGAGGGUGAGAGUAACUGGUCCGCGACAGGCACGAGUCAGCGACAACGUCACUCUCACGUGCUUUGCCGAGAACAGUAACCCUCCCGCGAUGGUCUCGUGGGUUAUGGACGGGCAACCUAGGCCUGAGACCUCCACCAGGAACGAGACGACAGGAUCGGGCGGCUGGCACACUAACAGCAAGCUGACCCUCACCGUGCCGUCCGUCAACAGGGACAUCACGUUCACCUGCCACGCAACCAACCAGGCACUUGGGGAGACCAAAGUGGACACGUUUAAGCUCCCAAUCCUCAGACCUCCUCAAGCACCCUACCUUCGCGGCUAUAGCGAAGGUACAGGGAUCAGCGUGGGCAGCGAGCAGGUCAUCACUUGUGUCUCUAUAGGAGGCAAUCCAGUCGCACAUCUACAGUGGUACCGCAACGGGCAGAAGAUCGUCUCAAGCUUGCACAAUGUGGAUGGAGUUAGUUCGGCAGAAGUUCUUAUAAUCGCUGAGCCGGAGGACAACGGUGCUCAGUACAGGUGUGAAGCACACAACGCGGCUGCGGCGUCCCCUGUGAGCGUGUCCACCACCCUGGUCGUCUAUUUCCCUCCGGAGAAUGUCAAGAUUAGCCUGAGUCCGCAGAGUCUACGUGCAGGCGAACAGGCCACCCUCACGUGCGAGGCAGGCCCCUCCAAUCCUGCCGCCACCAUCACUUGGCUGAGGGAAGGCUACGAAAUGUCCGGCAGCCCCCAGCCCGCCUCCCAUACCCGCAACGGAGGCACGAUCGUUGUCAACAAGCUGACACUCAGCCUGACAGCCGCUGACGACGGGCUUACCUACACCUGCCAGGCCUUCAACUCCGCCCUGCAGAAGGCUGUCCGACAGUCCGUGACACUGAGAGUUAACUACAAACCAACCUUCCUCACUGAUCCCCCUGUGGUGGACGUGGUGAUCGGGGAGUCUGAAGUGCUCAAUCUAACGGCGAGAGCAAACCCGGGGCCUGUGACCUACACUUGGACGCGCCACGGCCGCUCCCUCCCCCAGCAGGUCAACGAGGACAACUGGAGGAACGCCUACACCAUUGACUUGGAGGAGAUGGCGGCGGCGCCCAGUGAGACCUCCUCCUACGUGGCUACUGACGGGCCUCUGCUUUACCUCAAGGGCGUAACAGUCGACGACGCAGGGGAUUAUGAACUCAAAGCUACUAAUCCUGAGGGCACGACUGACGCCAAAAUCUACAUCAACGUGCAGUAUCCUCCCACCAUCAAGUACACCUCCAGACUUGUUACGGUGUCGGAGGGGCAGGACGCCCACCUGGAGUGUACCGCCGAUGGGAACCCCCUGACGGAGGACAUGAUGAAGUGGUCGAGAGAAAACUAUGACUUUACGCGCACUGAGCAGUCUUUUGGAGGGAAGAAAGCCUCCCUGAUGGUGCUGCGAGCCAACCGAAAUGACACGGGCGUCUUCAGCUGUGUGGUGAACAAUGGCAUCGGGAAGGAAACCAUGUCGAACGCUACUCUAGUGGUCAAAACGAAACCCCAGGUGGAGCGCUCUCAGCUCUUCAAUCGGGCGGCGGUGGAGUUAGGAGGCACAGGCCGUCUUCACUGCCGGGCGCAGGGAGCUCCUGACAUCAGCUUUUCCUGGAAGAGAGACGGCCACCUCCUCUCCAAUGGUGCCCGGCCUGACAAGUACGAAAAUGAAACAAUAAAGACUGGCCUCGUCACCUGGGCCUCCACAUUCAUCAUCAAGAGUGUCAGGGAACAAGACUACGGCGAUUACGUCUGUGUCGCCGAAAAUGAGUUGGGCGCCUCCACCACCCAGGUCCGCUUCACGCGUCCCACACGACCUGACCCACCCCUAGCCCUCAAGAUCCUGAACACUACCCACGACUCAGUCACUCUUUUCUGGACUCCGGGAUUUGACGGGGGCCAGCCACAGUACUUUCGUAUCCGAUACCGCAGUAAAUCGUCCAGCAGCUACCACUUUGUGGACGUGUUGGAGUUUGGUGUAUACACCUACACUGUGACAGGACUCAGCCUCAACACCGAGUAUUACUUCUCCAUCCAGAGCCGCAACAAUGACGGGGACAGCGAAUACAGGGGCGAAUUUGUCCGAGCUAUCACACGCAGCGAGGCCCCGCCCACGCCCGUGCCCUCCUCCAAUGUGGGCAAAGAGGCUUCCAAACUCCCUGGCCUUUGGGUGGUCAUCAUAGUGCUCGUUGCCACUGCCUUGCUUGCUCUCAACGUCUCUGCCAUUGUCUGUAUAGUUAGGCGGAGACGCAACAAGAGGGCAUCUCCCCCCACCAAAAAGACUCCCCCGCCUUCUAUAUCGGCGUCCACCAUGCCCAAGGCUCUCCCGAUUUCAACCACGCAAGAAGGCAGCGACCAGGCAAGCAGCAAGAGCACCACCAACACCAUGUACGCGCCGUCUUCCUACAACGACACGGUUGUCGGGGAAACCUUGUCCUCAAUCUCCGAGAAGAGUCGUGAGUCGUACACGCAGGAAGACUCCGUGGUGGACUAUGAGGGCCCAGCCACCUCAGCCUGUCAUCACUUCACUCCCUGUCAGGUUCACUUUCUCCAUGACCAUGUCUUCCUCUAUGACCACUGUGGCCUUCACUGUGGCCUUCCCUGUGGUUGUGAACAGACUCACAAACACGCGGCGUCCACUUACCUCAUAGACCAAAUCGAACCACCUCCAGAGUACGCGUCCCAGACUCCCUCUCAGCCCUCCAGCGCCGCCUAUGACCCGCAGGAGGAUGAUUACGCUGAGGUCCUCCGACGAAAUGCUUAUAAUCACCAGUUAGGCAAAGUGACUCCUCGGCCUCCUUCCCGUGCUACACAUUACAGCACUUCUCCUGAAACCAGAGGGUACCUUAGCUUCUCGUACACACCUUCUCCUACAGGUGUCCCUAACGGUGCAGCCCAGUACCACGCUGGAGGCCCCUCAGUGACCCUGGGGCUCCACGACCAUGGCCAUGGCUACCCGGCGGACAUGGGAAGUAUAAGCGUGGAAGGAAGAGAGCACUCACACGCCUUGCAGUCAUUAGGGUUAGACUCGGACCCUCCUCCUUCUCUAGGCCUGGAGCAGCACUCUAUUCCCUCUGAACACCCGAGCCUCACGCUAGACCCCCACUCCAUCACAAUAGACCAUCCUGUCAUCGCCGUCACCGACUUCUCUAAUAGAAAUGGGGACCUCAGAGUGCAGCCGACAAGCCUCUCUACUUUCAACCCCAACCCUUCUCCUUCCACAUACAGUGAAUCGGAUCUCGAAGGUCAUUUAGUAUGACUGUAAGCAGACCCGUUUCUUACGGGAUGGGCGGCGAAUACGUGGAAUUACGCUUCUCCGAGAAGAGGGCUUUGUCUCAGCUGGUAGGCAUAGACGACGUACACACACACACACACACACACACACACACACACACACACACACACACACACACACACACACACACACACACACACACACACACACACA